GGGUCAGUGGUGAUCUGCGGCGAGCACGGGUCUCUGAGUUUUAUUUGUCCUUUGAGUCUUUUGCUUCGGCCACCGCCGCUUGCGUUCCAUCCUUAUUCCUCAAUUCGGGUCACUAAUCCGAAGCCCGAACAUUUGAGAGCAGUAGUCAGAAAACCAUUAUCACGUAAAAUCAAAAGGAGAGAACGAAAGAAGAUGAAGAUUGUUAGAAGAGACUUGGUUCCUCGUGGACCGGGAAGUGUGAAGAUGGUGCCUGAAGAAGCAGAUGAUUUAUGGGUUAGUUACAAUUUGAUUGCAGAGGGUGACACUGUUGUUGCCAUCACAGUCAGGAAAGUUCUGAGAGAAGCUGCUUCAGGUGGACGAGAUGCAGAAAGAGUGAAAUUGAAAUUAGAAAUUAAAGUUGAGGCUGUCGAGUAUGAUAAAGAAGGAUCAGCCUUACGCAUACGUGGGAAGAAUGUAUUAGAGAAUGAACACGUCAAGAUAGGGGCAUUUCACACUUUAGAGAUUGAGCUCCACCGGCCUUUUGUAUUAAGAAAGGAGCUCUGGGACUCACUUGCAUUGGAUAUGAUUCGUCAAGUAUCUGAUCCAAAAGCUAGUGCAGACCUGGCCGUUAUUCUGAUGCAAGAAGGUCUGGCACAUAUUCUACUUGUUGGUAAAAGUGUCACAACUACUCGUUCUCGUAUUGAGACUUCAAUACCUCGCAAGCAUGGACCUGCCAUUGCAGGCUACGAUAAGGCGUUGAAUAAAUUUUUCGACAAUGUUUUACAGGCCUUCCUUAAACAUAUUGAUUUCAAUGUUGUUCGCUGUGCGGUGAUUGCAAGUCCAGGAUUUACCAAGGACCAAUUCCAUAAGCACUUAUUGUUGGAGGCUGAAAGGAAGCAGCUGAGGCCUGUCAUUGAGAACAAGUCACGUAUAAUCCUUGUUCAUACCACCUCUGGAUACAAGCAUAGUUUGAAAGAGGUGUUGGAUGAUCCAAGUGUGAUGAAUAUGAUAAAAGAUACAAAAGCUGCACAAGAGGUUCGAGCACUCAAGGAUUUCUUUGCCAUGCUUUCCAAUGAUCCUGAACGUGCGUGCUAUGGGCCAAGGCAUGUUGAGGUUGCGCAUGAGCGAAUGGCGGUUCAGACACUUCUCAUAACUGAUGAGCUUUUCAGGAGCUCUGAUAUACCAACGAGGCAAAAGUAUGUCGAUUUGGUUGAUUCAGUCAAAGCUUCUGGUGGUACUGUUCACAUCUUCUCGUCUAUGCAUGUUUCAGGAGAACAACUUGCACAGUUGACUGGAGUUGCAGCUAUUCUUCGUUUUCCCUUACCAGACCUUGAAGACAUUGAAAUGUGAGAGAUAAAGAACAAAUUGUGAAUUGCCUUAGUUUUGCUUUUGAAUUUAUGUCGCAUAUAAUCUGAUGCAUUCCAUGUAUUGUAUGUUUAUAAUAAGAGACAAAAAAUCUAUGGACACAGACGAAAUCUUGAAAUUCAGAGUAGAUUCUGUUAGAAAUUUUAAAAAAUUAAUAUACUAAAAUUGGAUAUUAU